CAGUUGCGGAAGCAUUCCCAACAAAUCGAAACCUUAUUGUUGAUGCGGAAAUGCUGCUGGUCGACACCAAAAGCGGCAAACCAUUACCAUUCGGAACAAUGGGUGUCCAUAAAAAGAAGCAAUUUACCGAUGCUGUUGUUUGCUUAUUCGUAUUUGACUGUAUAUAUUACGAUGAUCGAUCUCUGAUGGAAAAGCCUUUACGGGAGCGUCGAAAAUUUUUGGAGGAACACCUGAAAGAAGUGCCAAAUCGCGUUCUCCUAUCCAACAGUUACCUUGUCAAAAAAGGGGAAAAUGAGAAGCUAAAAGCGCUAAUUUGGAAAGCAAUUGAUGAGGGCCUCGAAGGACUGGUAAUGAAAGAUUUAGAUUCAGUAUAUGAACCUGGAAUUGCAUUUUAUAUUUGUGAUGAGCUCUGCGUUUGUGAACAAAAUUGGUAUUUUCAGGUGAAGAAAGAUUACCUUGAGGAAGGAGCGAUGGCUGAUACUGCAGAUCUCAUUGUUCUUGGUGCUUAUUACGGAACUGGAAGUAAAGGUGGCAUGAUGUCAGUGUUUUUAAUGGGAGUUUAUGACGAGAAAACCAAAAAAUUCUGCACUGUUACAAAAUGCGGUAACGGCCAUGAUGAUGCCACAUUGGAUCGUAUUAAUAAGGAGCUAACACCAAAGAUGCAAAAAAUAUCUGGAAAGUUUGAAAAAUUGCCGCCCUGGAUACAGUGUUCUCGAUCGCUUGUGCCCGACUUUAUUGCAUCUGAUCCCAAAGAUUCACCUGUUUGGGAAAUCAGAGGGGCGGAAUUUUCACGAUCCGAUAAUCAUACAGCUGAUGGUAUAUCAAUACGUUUUCCACGAGUUACGAAAAUUCGAGAUGACAAGAACUGGGAAACGGCUACUAGCUUACAAGAACUUAGAGUAAAUUAUGAAUUCUUAUGUUUUCGUUGUAUUUGCAAGAAAUUAUCUACAUGUAAAUAGCG